AUCCAUUAGGCCUUCAACAGAAGCUGUGGUUCAGAAUUCGAGGGAUGGGGGGAUUAAAGGGGUCCGGCCGCCGACGCUGACCCCACCGGAUGCGAUGUCGAUCAAGACACGAUCGGCGCCUCCGACGAUGUCGAGAUCUGAGCUGGAGAAGGUUGGGUCUCCUUGGGAUUUGAUUAUGUCUUUCGCACCGGAUGAUGAUGAUGAAGAGGGAGGGGAGAGAAGGAGAUUUUAUCAGUCUGAGGAGGAGGAGGAGGAGGAGGAGGGGGUGAGGGAGAGAUUGAGAGCGGAAACUUCGGAGGAUGUUACUUCGACGUCUAACGAUGAUGAUUCGUCGAGCACUGCAACUGAUAUCUCGCCGAUUGGGAGAUUCAACAGGACGAUUAAGGAUUGGUAAGGGAGGAUGAUAUGAAGCGAGUCAUUUGGACCGUGUAUGAGCGGAAUUAAUGGUGACGGUUUCUUUUUUGCUGUAAAAGAAGUAUCUUUACUUGGUCGUGGAAGUGAUGCCCAACAAUGCAUUCUUCAACUUGAGCAGGAGAUUGCUCUCUUAAGCCAGUUUGAACAUGAAAACGUUGUUCAGUACUACGGAACAGAGAAGGACCCAGAAAAACUAUUCAUUUUCCUUGAGCUUGUCACACAAGGCUCUCUAGUAUCUCUGUAUCACAAGUAUCAUCUUCGAGAUAGCCAAGUCUCUGCAUACACCAGACAGAUUUUAAAGGGUUUAAAUUAUCUUCAUGAGCGCAAUGUAGUUCACAGAGAUAUUAAAUGCGCCAACAUUUUGGUUCAUGCAAGUGGAUCUGUGAAAUUAGCAGAUUUUGGAUUGGCUAAACAGAUUACCAAGAUCAACGUGCUGAAAUCUUGCAAAGGAAGUGUAUACUGGAUGGCUCCAGAGGUUGUUAAACCAAGACAGCCAUAUGGACCUGCAGCUGAUAUAUGGAGCCUUGGCUGUACUGUGCUUGAGAUGUUAACUCGUCAGGUUCCAUAUCCAAAUAUGGAAUGGAUACAUGUACUUUACAAGGUUGGAAAGGGUGAAAAACCUCCAAUUCCCCCCAAUAUCUCGACGGAUGCCCGAGAUUUCAUCACCCAAUGCGUACAAGUCAAUCCAUCUGACAGGCCCUCUGCUUCUCAGCUAUUAGAGCAUCCAUUUGUCCGAAGAUCACUCCCAUUUCUAGGAUCAGUCCCUGAUUAUUCUUCUUCACCUAGCAACAACAGAUAAAAUUUAUUUUUUACAUCUAGGUACGGAAGCAAGAAAACUUUCUCCUGUGCACUACCUCCAUCAUGUUCUAUUUUGAGAUAACCCCCUAAACUUUAAAAAUGUUGCUAAACCUGCCUUGAGUUAUCGGAGUGUUUCAGAAACCGUCCAAACAUUUCCAUUUUUUUUCCCCAAAUACUAUACCCCUAAAGGUGUGUGAGAUGAACCGGUAACAGGACCCAAAUAACCUUUUCAAAUUAUUAUUAUUAUAGGAAAAUUAACAAUGAAACCCCCAAAACUCUUAUCUAACCCUAAUUAGAGAGAGGGGAGAGACAUGAAAGGGGUUGUUAAUCAGGGGAGAUCUUUGUCAUUUGGACAAGUGUUCAGUUUAGAUUUAACCAAUGUUAGAGAGGAGGGUUGUCUGUCAACUGUAACGUAAUGGGCCAAGGGCCAAGGGCCGGUUCAUCUUAGGCUCCGACUUUUUAUGGGAGUUUUGUAUAUAUCCACACCUUCUUUUUUAGACGACCGGAAUUGUACACACAUGUAUAUAUAUGUUUGUAUGUGUUAUUUCGCAAGGCGUGUUGAUGUUUCAUCCAUCGAAGGAUUGUAUCCUCAUGUACAUAUAAUUGGCUAUUUCUAGAGAAAUCUGGGGUGUUUGUGAUUGCGAGAGUUCAAA